GUCAGUACUCCGAUGGACGUGCAAUCAACAACUUUGUCACUCUUAUCUCGUAUAAAUUUUUGAUUUAUCAAUGCUGUGUAUGUAAAUAUUGGAGCAUCGGAUGUAUCAACAAUUUUAACAAGACAGUUUACCUCGGAGUGAAUAAUCUGCUGAAUAAAUUUUCAAGCCUGUUGAAUUAUUCUUCAACGUGAAAACUUGUAACUCAUCCUUUUUUAUACACAACAGUUGAAUACAAGAUUUUACGAUUACAACUGCAAUCUAUUUGACAGUGAAUACAUAAAAUAUAAAUUAAUAAUUAUCAAUUUUGAUUUGAUAAUGCCAAUCGCUCGACCCUGACGGCCUGACACGUAACCGUUUUCAUCAAGUAUCAAGUGUACGACUGAUAUCACGUUGGUGUGAUUGUCAACCAAGUAAACUGAAUGAAAAAAUAGUUGGGUUGAAAAAAACGCAAUAUCAGAGUGUUUUUAUUAUCGUGUCAUAGCCAAUGGCAAAAGAAAUUUGAAAAAUAACUGGUAAAAAAAGUCACUAUCACUGGAGUUAUAUGUAUAUACCUGGUAGAACGCGCCGGAUGCCCGUAAAUUGUUGCGGCGUAUAAUUAAAGUCGUCUUGAGACGAGUGAGUUGGAUGAGAACGGCCGCCGGGACGACCUGCAACGAUUGCCGCCUAGUAAAAAAGUUGGUGAAAAACGAAGAUACUUUGGAAAGGAAGAGGAAAAUGUCCAGAUAACUACCGGAGAAGUACCAAGAAAUACCGACGAUUCACACCAACUAUUAUUUAUUUAUUUUAUUAACUUUUUUUUUUUAUUUGACGGGACCUUUGUGUAUAGUAUUUCUCGCGGAAUUAUUUUUCAACGUGGCAAGUGCGCUCAUUCGUGUAUAUAUUCUUGGGGUAGAAUCGUAACAUACGAGUGUCCAAUUGUGAUACCACGUGUAGUCAAUUUUACGUGCUGUGAUACACCUUGUGAUAUUUUCUUCAGCCAAAUGAAAAAUUGUAUAGAAUUGUCAUUGCUGUUAGAGUUUACUGCGAUGCAUUGCUUCGUAUAACAGAUAUUUCUACGCUUUCUGAUGGAAAAUUCAAGGAGACAGGCCUGCAAGCACUGAAGGAGCUAUACUAAAAACGAAUUAUAAUAUUUCCAAUUACGCUUCAAUUACGAAUGAAAAAAAGAUUAUCCAAUCGGGCGUGUAUAUAAUUACAAUUGUGAGAAAAAAUCCAGUAUUAAUAUCAACAAAUAUUCUUCAUCAUUGCUAAUAAUAGUAAUUAUCUGGAGGUGAUAAAAAGCCGGCAUAACGAGUGUCCAAAACGACACACCGGGUCAGGACAGGUGGACACUACAAAGUGUUGUGGAAAUGCGACUCAUACAGAGGCUAGCAGUCAGCGGUCUCGCAUCCGUGGUGUUAAUUGUCCUCUUAACUGGAACAUUUAUAACCAGGCGAGAUCUAGCAACUGUUGUAGACCGAGGGGCUGGCCCUGGAGAGAGAUCCGACCAGGUUAAUCCUGCUUGGGUCCCCGACAAUUCAAUUUCUAAGCAGGAUGAUAAGAUGAAUGAAAUCAAGGACAAACGUCCGGUCAAUGUGAGACACAGACCAGCCGAUUAUUUGGCACAAGAGUCAGCUGUUGUACCUAAACCCAGAGCUGAACCAAUUACUUAUUUCGUUGGAUCACCCAAUCCUCCAUUGGAUGAUGUUACUAAUCAGCGGCGAGAAAAAGUCAAAGAGAUGAUGCUGCAUGGGUGGAAACACUACGUCAGAUAUGCCUGGGGCCAGAAUGAGCUUAGACCUUUAUCAAUGAAGGGACACACUGCCAGCAUCUUUGGUACAUCUGCCAUGGGUGCCACUAUUGUCGAUGCUCUCGAUACACUCUAUAUCAUGGGACUGAAGGAAGAAUUCAACGAAAGCAAAGCGUGGAUAGCUAAGAAACUUGACUUUGAUAUUAAUUCGGAAGUAUCAUUAUUUGAAACGAACAUCCGUUUCUUGGGUAGUCUUUUAUCGUGCUACGCCCUUACUGGUGAUGUGCUAUUCAAAGAGAAGGCUCGUCAGCUGGGUGAACGGAUGCUACCAGCGUUUGAAACGGACACUGGAAUACCGCAUUCCCUCAUCAACCUGCAGACUGGGGCGAGUAGAAAUUACGCAUGGGCAAGCAGUGGCUGCAGCAUUCUCUCUGAAAUUGGCACUUUGCAUCUUGAAUUUGCGUAUCUCAGUGAUAUAACUGGCAAUCCAGUGUUCAGGAGUAAAGUGGAGAAUGUGAGAAAAGUGUUGAAAAGUCUGGAAAAGCCAAAGGGACUCUAUCCAAAUUACAUCAAUCCACGAACUGGAAAGUGGGGCCAACAUCACAUGUCGCUGGGAGGACUCGGCGAUAGUUUUUAUGAAUACCUCCUAAAAGCGUGGAUUCAAUCUGGAAAGGAGGAUAUAGAGGCGCGUGAAAUGUACGAUGAAGCAAUAGCGGCUGUUGUCAAAAAUAUGGUUAGAAAAUCGCCAAGUGGAUUGGUGUACCUGAUGGAUUUGAAGUUUGGUAGACCUGAGCAUAAAAUGGGUCAUCUAGCCUGUUUUGCAGGUGGAAUGUUCUCACUGGGAGCGAAAACAAAAGAGAAUCAAGUGGCAAAUAAAUAUAUGGAGAUUGCAGCAGGUUUAACAAAUACUUGUCACGAAUCCUAUAAUAAGACCCAAACUAAACUCGGACCCGAGGUCUUUCACUUCAUUGAGGGCAACGAGGCACGGAGCCUCAGAAGUGGCGAAAAAUAUUACAUCCUUCGGCCUGAAACAUUUGAGUCGUACUUCGUGAUGUGGCGGCUUACCAAGGAUCCUAAAUACCGAGAGUGGGGUUGGGAAGCCGUACAGGCGCUGGAAAAGCAUUGUCGUGUACCAGCAGGAUUCACGGGACUCACUAAUGUGUAUCAGCUAGAUUCACCAAAGGACGACGUACAACAGAGUUACUUCUUUGCCGAGACACUGAAGUAUCUUUAUCUGCUAUUCAGUGAUGAUAAUCUUAUAAGCCUUGAUGACUGGGUUUUUAAUUCAGAAGCGCAUGUCUUACCCAUCAAAGGAAAACCAUUCUACCGUGCUGAACCGAAAUCAUAAAUCAAUAUCAAUUCAAUUUUUUUCAAUACUUCGAUAGGAUUGUCAAUGCGUUGAUCGAAGAAAUAUUCAACUUAUUCGACGAUUGAAAAUUAGAUGAAAUGAAAACAAACUGUCAAUCGUCGACUAGAAUAAUUGUAAAUAAAUAAUUAUAUGGGUAAUGGCGGUGGUGAUGAGUGUGAAUAUUUGGGGUUUUUUUUUUAGUCGAAAUACCUGAUUGGGAUUAAUGAUUCCUUUCGAUUUUCAUGUGUGAAUGUGCAUGUUCAAUCAUGUGGCCUAAUUACUGAGGACGCUCGCUGAUUAUCCUUUUUUUAUGUGUACUAAUCCUUGUGUGUAAUGAAAUUCUUCAACUUGUGAAUUUGUUGACUCUUGUUGAGCUUCACGUAUCGUGUAUUAUAAUCGCCGAAGCUAUUGUAACGAAAUAGGAAAAUAUUAGGGUGAUGAAUUUAUGAAUGAUUACAAUUCAGUAAAACUGAUGAAUGGCUUCCAGAAGUUGAUGAAAAGAAUAAAUGAAACUCAUUAAAAAAUUCAACGUCUCCUGAUGAGACAAUCAACAUCUUCAGUCAUUCGGUUUUUCAUCUUAGUUGUCCCUCACACAAGUGCUCCUUCGACUGAAAAUUUUUUAAUUAUUAAAAAUUUAUGGAAAUUAAAUUUUUUUCCCUGAGAAAAAAAACAGAGUUAUGUAUGUAGAAAUUCAAACAUUUUAAUGAAUGAUUAAUGUUCGAAGCUGUAAGUGGGAAACAAAAUACACUUAACAAUCAUAAAUGCAAAUUCCAUUUUAUGCCAAUUACAAAAAUGUAUUCACACAACCAAACAGUGUGAUUGUGUGCAAUUUUCUUAUGAUUUUUUUUUGUUUUUUAAUAAUUGAAGAAUGAAUGAAUCACUUGAUUCCAACGAAGUGUGCAUUACAUUGAUGAGGUGCCAGAUGAAAAUGAAAACUAUAUAUACAUGUAUAUGUAUAUCCGGCAGUCAGUGAUUAAAUAAUUAUCGUAAGAAACAUUUAGCUAACAAUUUUAACGAAUUAAUGAAAAGAAGUUAAUUAGAAAAAGAAAAUGAUACUUAGAAGAAAUGUGUAUUGAGCCUAGAAGUGUACAUAAAAAAUUACAUGAAAGUCCUAUUCUGUAUGAGGUUUGUGGAGUAGUGAGUAUAUCGUACUGAUUAGCUCAGGACGAAUGCAAUUGUGUAGUUGUUGCAACGAAAAUGUAAAGUAUAAAUUUGAAAAGAACUUGAUUUCCUUUGCAUAAAGACAAGUUAAUUAUGACAUAAACAUCUUUUUAUUGUUUGUAAAACAAAUUUGUAGACGAGCCAAUAUUGGCCAACAAAUCUUCCGAAUAAAAUUAAAAAACUGUAUUACAUGAAUUUUAAUGGCAUUUGUGGUACUUAAGCGUGCCGAUGACUAUCAUAUUGCAUUGAUCAAGUUUUUAAAAAUAUAUUUUGCUGAAUUUUAAGUCUUCUGAUAACAAUUUGUUAUGAAAAAUGUAAAAUUACACUUUUAAUGCAAAUUCUUCCAAUGUAACUACUGUUUAUUGAGACAGAAUGUUUAUAUGAAGCGAAAAAGAAAAAUGAUAAUGUACGUACAUCUAUUUCUAAGAUUAGAAAUAGUCUAUUCAUUAUACAUAAAGUUUGCAAUUACUCAAUGUGACCACAACUCAUUUUUGUAUUAAACAGACAAACUCAGAUUUUUUUCAUCAAUGAAAGAAAGAACUACAAGAGAUGUAUCAAUGAAAUAACGAUAGUAAUAAUAUAUUAAAGGGAAACGUCUGAA